UUUCGGAGCUGCUGAGUUUUUUCCUUUUGGAAUCGGUGACGCCACGAUGUCUGGCCGCGGCAAGCAAGGCGGAAAGGCGAGAGCCAAGGCCAAGUCGCGCUCCUCCCGCGCCGGCUUGCAGUUCCCCGUGGGCCGCGUCCACCGUCUCUUGCGCAAAGGCAACUACGCCGAGCGGGUGGGCGCCGGAGCUCCCGUCUACCUGGCCGCCGUGCUGGAGUACCUGACGGCCGAGAUCCUCGAGCUGGCGGGCAACGCCGCCCGCGACAACAAGAAGACCCGCAUCAUCCCCCGCCACCUGCAGCUGGCCAUCCGCAACGACGAGGAGCUCAACAAACUCCUGGGCAAAGUCACCAUCGCUCAAGGAGGCGUCCUGCCCAACAUCCAGGCCGUCCUCCUGCCCAAGAAGACCGAAAGCCACAAGGCCAAAGGCAAAUAAAGCUUUGAACCCGAACAGGGAGGCCUUCGCGCUGCAUCUUGAACCUAAAGGCUCUUUUCAGAGCCACCCACAGUUUCGUGGAAAGAGCUGCGAGUUUCUUGAAAGGAGCCUUCGAACUUUACUGGUUUGCAAAAACUAGACUUUAAUAUAUAUAUAAAAGACAUUGCUUUUCCAAAG